AUGUCGUACUACGCAGCUCGUUCCGGCACGGGCUUCCAGUAUAACCCCUUUCAAAGCUACCCACCGACAGGGACAUACCCAACGACGUCUUACUCGCCGUACCCACCGACAGGUGUUACCAGCUACGGAGCAGCAUGGCCUUAUCAGGCGUAUAGCUACUAUACGCACCCACAGCAGCAGCAACAACAGCAGCAACAGCAACAGCAACAGCAACCAGCUACUUCUUCGACCACGAAACCUGCAGCGACCAUUUCUACUUUCCAGAGCACCCCGACUGUGACAACUCCCUCGACGACCGCUCCUCCUCGGCCUGCACCCGCGCAAUAUACGUUCGCACAGACAUAUACCCCGUCCUCGUCGGGACUCACGUCCACACGGAACUCGAAAAGACAGCCCACCUUCAAAGGCUUGUUCGCCAAAGAAUUGCGCAACUUGAUGUACGGCUUCGGCGACGACAGAAACCCUGCCAACGAUACGGUCAACGUGAUGGAGGAGAUUCUGGUUGAGUAUCUUGUGGAUGUCUGUCAGACGGCUCUUGCGCCCGGGAAGAGCAAGUCACGUCUGUCGGUCGAGGACCUACGUCGAGCACUGUCGCGGCCGGCGGAUGCAAAGAAGCUUGCACGGAUGGAGGAGCUGCUCUUCAUGCAGGAAGAUAUCAAACGUGCUCGAGCCCAGUUCGAGGAAUCGGACAUGAAUCAGGCCAGCUCGUUCCAGAGAUAA